CUGUUCGUGCUCAAGGGUUCCUAUUCUUUCUGCCGAGUAGUUGAUGCCCACGUGACACAAGAAGAUUGUGAAGAGGACAAUAUCGAUAUAUGUGGACACCACGCAAUGUGCUUCACCAGUCUGAUGGGUUUCUGCUGCAAGUUUCUACCUGGGUUAAACCUGUUUAUCAUCAACCAUGAUGUCAUCGACGACCUGUGUUCAGACGCCAAUAAGUGCUUCAGGGACAACAGCUGCGGUUCCAAUGCCUACUGCCCUAACCCCAUUGAAAGCUACACCUGUACCUGUCACACAAGGUAUACGAAGCAGAAUACUACAAGUCGCACCUGCAUUGACAUUGACGAAUGUGAGGAUGGUGCAAUGCCAAAUGAAAGGGUUUGUGGCAUUAAUGGCACUUGUGGAAAUACCAACAAGAGCUUCCGGUUUGAGUGUCCAACCGGCUUCACUAACUAUGGCAACGAAAGGACUCCAUGUUCGGACACCAAUGAGUGCUCCAGGGACAACAUCUGCGGUUCCAAUGCCUACUGCAACAACACCAUCGGAAGCUACACCUGUACCUGUCACUCAGGGUAUACGAAGCAGAAUGCUACAAGCACCUGCAUUGACAUUGACGAAUGUGAGGAUGGUGCAAAGGCAAAUGAAGGUGUUUGUGGCAUUAAUGGCACUUGUAGAAAUACCAACGGGAGCUUCUGGUGUGAGUGUCCAACCGGCUUCACUAACUAUGGCAACGAAAGGACUCCAUGUUUGGAGCUGAAAUGUGACCAGUUCGAGGGGCCCGUUGCAGCGUCAACGCAGCUUUAUGGAGGUCUGGCAGAAAUCUUGUCCCAAAUGAAGCGUAGCUGUUUAGCGCUGGCCCGACCGGACCAGUAUGGGAACAAGACCACUGGACCCACGGUGCUCCUCAAUAGCCUCUUCGACCUGACAGCGGACGUCCUGUCCAGCAACCAUACGGGCGACAGUGUGGCGGCCGUGAGCAGCCUGCUCAGCGCAGUGGAGGACUCCAUCAAACUCAUCGGCCCCCAACUCACUGAGGACCAAACCAGCUUGAACACAAGCCAGACAGAGACGACGAUCACGGUGUGGAAGAAGACAACUCCCCCGAGCGGGCCGGUGCACCUGACCAACACCGACGCCAGCCUGGAAACUUACUGGAGCACGGCCAUCGGGAGCGGAACCUACCCUGGUUUCGCGCUCGCUGCUCUGGUGAGUUAUAAGAACCUGGAGACCAUGCUGAACCAUUCCUUUGAGCAGAUAACCUUACCCGAAAAGAACGACAGGAAGCCCAGCUACCAGCUCUUCUCCAAGGUGGUGUCGGCGUUGGUCUCCAACCCUGACACACAGCACCUAGACAAGCCUGUCAUUCUCACCCUACGACACCUGAAGGAGCUGAAUGAGUCCGCUGAGGUGAGCUACACCUGUGCCUACUGGAAGGCUGUGGGAGGCGGGCUGCAGGGGAAGGAGGAGGAGGGCGGGGCCUGGUCCACCCGCGGCUGCACCCAGGUCUCCUCCAACGCCUCCCACACCGUCUGCAGCUGCACCCAUCUCAGCAGCUUCGCCGUUCUCAUGGCCCUCUACCCCGUCAACCACACCUUUGGCCUCAUGCUGCUGACCAAGCUGUGCCUGGUCGUCUCCCUGCUAUGUCUGGUCCUGUGCAUCCUCACCUUCAUGUUCUGCCGCUCCAUCAAGGGCACCCGCAACACCAUCAACCUCCACCUCUGCAUCUGCCUCUUCCUGGCCGACCUCGUCUUCCUCGCAGGCAUCUCCAAGACCCAACCCCAGGUUGGAUGUCGGUUGGUGGCAGGCCUGCUCCACCUCUUCUUCCUGGGGGCGUUCAGCUGGAUGCUGCUGGAGGGCGUGCACCUGUACCGCAUGUUGGUCCUGGUGUUCAACACCACCAUCCGACCGCGCUACCUAUACACCGUGGGCUACGGGACGCCCCUCGUCAUCGUCAUCAUCUCGGUCAUCAGCAGACCCACGGGAUACGGCACUGACCAAUACUGCUGGCUGACGACAGAGCAGGGCCUCAUCUGGAGCUUCUUCGGGCCGGUGUGUGUCGUCAUUGGCCUCAACGUGGUCUUCUUCAGCAUCACCAUCUGGAAGCUGGCCCAGAAGUUCUCCAGCAUCAAUGUUGACCUCACCCACCUGCACAAAAUACGAACCUUUACAGUCGGGGCUAUAGCUCAGCUGUGUGUGCUGGGCCUGAUGUGGCUCUCUGGGGUCUUCCUCUUUAAGGAGGGGGACUUGGCGGCCGCAUACAUAUUCACCAUCCUGAACGGCCUACAGGGGGCACUGAUCUUCCUCCUGAACUGUCUGCUGUCAAAGCAGGUGAGAGAAGAGUAUGCCAAAUUAUUGUCCCGCGUCCGUCCACAAACCAGUAAAAUCCGAUACAGUAAGCCGCAGGCGUCCCGGAGCGGUCCAACCACAAGCGAAUCAAACUUAUGAAGAAUCCUCUUACACACGGCUCCUCCCCCUGCUCUGUCUGGGGUUGGAUUUUUGAAAAUGUAGGAUCUUCGUCACGUCAUUUUGUUGUCAUUACUUUGGUGAACAAACUACAUAAGUAGGGCUGCUACAUAGUCUGGCUAUUGCCAGACCAAGCUCAAUUGUAGAUUGCACGUUGGUCUGAGGAAGCUGCUGUCAUUUUCUUCAGCACAAGAGGCGUGAUCAACGUGCUUAGUUCAAGUGGCUCUGUGCUUGAUUGGCUGCUUGCCGUCGCUACCCUGUUGUCAUUGUGUUAUACCAGCCAAUCGCGCGCCAAGGGGAAAAGCCAGCAUGGUGAUUGGCUCCCGCAAAAACGUAUCGGAUGCAGAAAGAAAUGUAUUGCUCUUCUCCAGACCAAUGCAAUUGAUCCAAGACACCUGAUCUCAAUUCCAAUCAGGCUCAUCGACACUUGUAUAAGAUGGCUGCCUAGGCAAUCUCACACUCUCUCAUCCUACCAAGACAGAAGGGAUUUUGGUUCUUUAUAUGGGUCUGAUAUACUAUACUACUCACACUUACACAUACACUACAGACACUACUGAUGAUACUGAUCUACAUGGUUUAUCUUUAUCUCUUUAUAGAGGUUAUUGUUUCUAAAUAAAUAUGCUUAAUUUAAACUU